GUUUACAUGUGCACAUAAAUACAGUGAACAUACAUGUACUGUACAUGUGUACAUGUAUAUUGUACGCUUUGCUGUACGUCAUGUACACGUGGGGUUGUACAUGUCGUUUACCCACACGAUCAUCGUCAGCAGACUGAGAAACCGUGCCUGCUGCAUUUUAUUAGCAGACAAGCACUGCCAGCAGGUGUUCCGCGUACAUGAGGUCGGGAGUUGCCUUGGGAUUUGAGCUUGGAGACAUCAUGGCAGCCACUCAAUCGCCUCCCGCACCAGUAAGCGUAGACCCCGAUGUGUCCAUGAGCUCGGCUUGCGAUGACAUGGAUGCAGACGAUGAAGGCAUACGGCCGAUUUUUCCCUUCCCCUUUGACCCCUACCCCAUCCAAGAGGACUUCAUGAGGGCACUGUACAGGACUAUAGAGGAGGGCAAGAUUGGGAUAUUUGAAAGCCCCACAGGGACAGGCAAGUCACUCAGCUUGAUCUGUGGCGCUCUGAAGUGGCUGAGUGACCACCAGACACAACAGCGGCUGGAAGUGGAGGCUAUACUUAAAGGGGAAAGAGGGACCCCAGGGAGUUCCAACUUGGCUAAGAGCAAUCCAGCCAAGCCGUCCUCCAGUGCCGAGCCAGACUGGGUGCUGGAGUUUGACAACAAGCGGGCACAGAUGGAAAAGGCUGCUUUGCUGAUGGAAGAGCAGCAGCAGCUGAUGAAGAGAGAAGCCAAACUGCAGCAGAUGAGACAGGAACUUAAACACAAGGCCACUGUCAAACGCAAGCGACUUGGUCCGCCAGGUGAGUUUGACCUGCCCCAUCCUUCAGACGAGAACGACAACAUCCUCAAGCCGCCCGACGCUGACGAUGAAAGCAUCCUUGUGGCCGAUUACCAUAGCGAUGAGGAGACCAGAUCAACCAGUGACUCGGAGGAGGAGGAGGAGGAAGAGGGAGAACCCCAUGUUACCAAGAUAUUCUACUGUAGCCGUACCCAUUCCCAACUGAGUCAAUUUGUUCACGAGGUUCAGAAGAGUCCUUUUGGAGAAACAACCAAAGUGGUGACGCUAGGAUCAAGACAGAACUUGUGCAUCAAUGAAGCUGUGAAGAAGCUGAAAUCAUUGAGUUUGAUCAACGAUCGAUGCCUCGAGAUGCAGAAGAAGAAGAAAGAGAAAAUGAGGGACAAGGAUGGCGACCCAGGCAAGUCCAAGAGAAAGAAGGAGGCAACAUCUGGCUGUCCAUUCUACGCAGCGAGCCAGAUGGAUUCCUUCAAGGACAGAGCCGUGGUUGAAGUGCUUGACCUCGAGCAGUUACUGAAAGUUGGCCGAGAGUUGAAGGCAUGUCCGUACUACGGCACGCGAUAUGCCAUCCCUGGUGCAGAGCUUGUCGUUCUUCCAUACAAUACACUCCUGCACGAAUCCACUCGCAAUGCAUGCGGCAUACGUCUGGACGGAAACAUUGUCAUCAUCGAUGAGGCGCACAACCUCAUUGAAACCAUCUCCAAUGUGUACAGUGUAGAGGUGACUGGAGGCCAGCUAUGUCGUGCCCACUCACAGCUCAAUCAGUACAUGACAAAAUAUAGGAGUCGCCUCAAGGCUAAGAACCUGAUGUACAUCAAGCAGAUUCUGCAGGUGCUGUCCGGUUGGAUCCGGUGCCUGGGAGGCAAGGUAGACUGCCCGCCAGAUACCCAGAAGACUGGUCCAGAGACCAGCCAGCUGUACACCAUCAAUGACUUCCUCUUUGCCACACAGAUUGACAACAUCAAUCUCUUUAAGCUACAGAAAUAUUGUGAAGUUAGCCAGAUCUCCAGAAAGCUGAAUGGUUUUAUAGAGCGGUACCAGCCCUCAGUGAAGAUAGCGGAGGCGGAUUCUGCCCCACCACAGUCUGCCAUGACCAGGUUCCUCCAAGAACUCAGCCAGAAACCCACAGACAAGCAAACAUCGCCCUCUGCAGAAGCUAGUGACAGGAGGGAGGAGGAAUGGCAGACUUUCUCCUCUCCUCUCCUGCACAUCGAGGGCUUCCUGCUGUCCCUCACAAACGCCGACAAAGACGGGAGAGUUGUCAUCCAUAAACAAGAAAUUCUCAGCAAGUGCAGCAUCAAGUUCCUUCUGCUCAACCCGGCCGUACACUUCACGCAGGUGCUGCAAAAAGCCAGGGCGGUGAUCGUCGCCGGCGGCACCAUGCAGCCCGUGGACGAGUUCAAGCAGCAGUUGCUGUACUGCGGGGGCGUCGACGAAGGAAGAAUCGUGGAGUUCUCAUGCGGUCAUGUGAUUCCACCGGAGCAGUUGCUGCCGAUAGCAUUGGCCAAAGGCCCCUCUGGUGUUGAGCUGGAUUUCACCUACCAGUCACGUGACCUGCCCAAAAUGAUGGACGAGGUUGGACGCGUUCUUAUCAAUGUGUCCAACGUUGUUCCCGGUGGCAUCGUCUGUUUCCUGCCUUCCUAUGACUACGAGAAGCGACUGUUUAAUCACUGGGACAGCACCAGUGUGAUCAAGCGUAUUGAAAUGCGCAAGAGAGUCUUCCGGGAACCACGAAAGGCCGGCCAGGCAGACUUCGUGCUGGGACAGUAUGCAAGCUUCAUUGAGAAGUGUAGCUCAGGAGGAACGUGGGGAUCUGUGAAUGGGGCCAUCUUGUUGUGCGUGGUGGGUGCCAAGAUGAGCGAGGGGAUCAACUUCUCUGAUGACCUGGGCAGGUGUGUCAUAAUGGUUGGACUUCCCUACGCCAAUAUCAAGUCUCCUGAACUCAAGGAAAAGAUGGACUACCUCAAUGCCACUAUGCCCCCGAUUGACGGCAAAUCAGCCGGUCAACAGCACUACGACAACAUCUGCAUGAAAGCUGUCAAUCAGUCCAUCGGGCGGGCCAUCCGUCACAAGGGGGACUACGCCACUAUCCUGCUGCUGGACCAGCGCUACGCCAGGCCCUCCGUUCAGGGCAAGCUUCCAGGAUGGAUCAGGCAACGCAUGCAGAUCACGCCGCGAUUUGGCCCUGCCUUCGCCAUGAUCAGCAAAUUCUUUGUGACCAAGCGACCGAGUGCGGCACAAUCUUCCGAGAGCCAUCCAAGCCCCGUAUAGCACCAGCGAAGUCCUGCCAAAUUGAAGCAGGCAAACGGAAGUUGAAUUGUGGGAUGUAGCAGGCCUUUUUCCCCCCCGUCUCGCAACAUGCCGGAUGGCAGUUUGAAGGAAUCGUGUGUAACAAGUGCAACUGAUUCCAUGAAAAUCCUGUGUGUUGGAGAGAUCGACGGAUUGCUGGAGAUAAUUUAUUUGACAGAUUUAGGUGUCCACAUGACAGUGGCAUUAAUCUGAGUGCAGUUAAGAUAGUGCUUGGUGAGGUCCAAGGCAGUCGAGAGUGAUUGUCACUGCACAGAUAAUGGAAUGCCUAAAGACUUUGGAACAGGUAGUCCACAUCCAAUCGAAAUACUCCUAAAAUAAUAAGGAAAACAUUUGGUGUUUGUGGCUGGACUUGAAACACACAGUCAUAUUGAAUAUAACAAACUGUUGACGUUAUAAUUUUGUCGGUUGUAUCAUAAAUGUGUGCCCUUUUCAACAUGUCUCGGUGUUCCCCAGCUCAGAUGCAGUUCAGGGAGUUUGACCCAAUAUCAGCUUCUUUGGGUUGAGGCCUGUAAAAGUUCAAUACAGCUUCGAUUUCCUGCCCCACAAACAUUUGCGUGGCUAACACAAGGUCACGUUUUGAAGAAUUUUUGUACUUGGCAUCUACAGUUUACUUGGAAACUGUCUGGGGAGCUUCAGGUGUAAAGUAAGACAAGUGAAACAUCUGUUUUGAAAUAAGGCCCAGGAAAAGUGGUCAUUUACACUUACUGUAUUAGCCCUACUCAAGGGGGAAGGUAAAUUUUAUCCAAGGGGCAAGAAAUGUUGAGAGUUUCUUCAUGUUCACCUAGUGGUGAGGCUAAGGUUCAGAGCUUUGUAUGCACUUUCGGAAGGAAGGGAUAUGAAUUAAUCUUCCAAAAUUGCCCUUCUCAUUAUUAAAAAAAUGGGCCCGUCUGGGGGAGGGGCCCUGGCUGUGGUGGGCAUCCCCCUCGGAUCCGCUAGUGGCCAGUGAAGUUCCAUCCAAGUUUGGUAUCUGGUUUUAGGGUACAACAGCUAUCCAUACAAGGUCAAGUAAUCGUUUCUCUGUGGUUAGUGAUCACCGGUGCCCUGCGGCUUAGCACUGGUGGCACUGUGAGCAGGCCUUCUUUGUACUGGCAAUGCUAGGUCUGUGUCUUUUCUCUGUGGUGUAACAGUAAGGUACCCACAGCAAUACCUCACGUUACUUACAUGUAAAUGUCAUGCUGUAUUCGAUCUGUUGCAAAAGUGCCUUUAUCAGCAAGCAUUAAAUUUUUUGUUGGAAAUUACUGUUAGUUUUUUCAAGUUAAUGCGUUUGUACAUCACGGAAAAUAUUUAUUAACUGUUUUGAUACUUUCAAAGAAAAAAGGAUGGUGUUAAAUAAAGAUAUUUAUUUAGAA